GGCCGGGCAAAGCUAGUAUACAUAUAUAUGCAUCAAAAACCAAAAAAGACUUUAUUAUGGUCCAUGACCAGCACAGAGCACCUCCAUAGCAAAGAAUGUAUAAAUAAUAAUAAAUUGUAUUGUAAUUAUGACAUUUAACCCUUCCAAAAAAUCCACACCUAUGAACGAAUCCCACAGAAAUGUUCCCAUUUGGAGGAAUUCGUCGGAAUAAAGUCUUCCAAGACAGUUGGAUGCCCUUCAGGUCAAAAUCAAUGCCCGAUCUACCUUGUUCCUCAUUGCCUCAAUGAAGCCAAUAAACCCGGGAAUGGAUCUCGGUUCCUUUCUUUUCAGUCUUUUCAGUGUUUACCCAGAUCGUCCUUGAACCCGCCUCACUUGACUCACUCGGUCUUCAACAGGCAAUAAAGGCAUAUAACUAUAAAAGCCAGGUUGCCGUUCCCUUGGAUGAGCAUCCAUUGGGCAGAGACCAUUCCCAGGGUACGUAAUAUAUUCACACAUCAAGAAAGGAGGAGGAUGCGGGGCCCGUAUUUGGUUAAUAAAGACCGCCGUCAUUGAGGAUCGGGGUGGGAUACAGGGAUUUGCCCGAGGCAGAAAUCCAGGAAAUUUGGAGUCCGAAUCGUGGUGACUCGGGUGCAAAUAUUUCCAGCCUUUUGACUCUUUUGUGCCGCAGGUCCUGACCAUAAUACAUUCGAAAUGGCAUCCAAUGCGUUUUCAGGGAUUCUUUACCGAACGCUGCUCUUCACCUCAAUACUUUGGCCUUCUAGCAUCGCAGGCCCAGAGCUGGCGAUUAAUGACAUUGCCGCUGACCGCAAGGUCUCCACGAUGCCCGGCCGGUCUCUGCCCCUCCACUGCUCAGUCCGAAACCACACUGAAGAGGAGGAACUGGUCUGGCUCCGGGAAGAUGGGACCGUUGACCUGAAGGAUGGGAACAGGAUGACCGCCAGCAGCCUUUGUGUCUUCCCGGUCUCUGUGGAGGACAACGGCGUCUCCUUCACCUGCAGACUGGCCCGGGAUAGCUCCGUCCAGGUCUCUGUCACCCUGGACGUCCUGUUCCCCCCGAUCCUAACGGGAGAAGACCCUCCUUUGGCUGAAGAAGAAGGAGACGUGACCCUGGACUGCUACGCAAAGGCCAACCCGCCAGCACAGAUGAGCUGGAUGAAAGACAACGUCACUCUGAUGCUGGAGAAUUCCCGCUACGAAAUCUUCCACACCAGUGAGCUCUAUCAGCUAAAAAUCCUGGGUGUGAAGAAGUCCGAUAGUGGGAUAUAUGACUGUCUCGCCGAAUCCUCCAACGGAACCGAAUGGAGGAGUUUCCACCUUGUUGUCGGAGACAAAAGUGUCCCUUUCCCAACGGAGGCCGUCAUUGCCGCCGCCGUUGUGGUUUUUCUCACAAUCCUCUUCGCUGUUGUUGCACGACGGGAGAGGAUUCUCAAGUGCGUCAGGAAACCAAGCGAAUCUCCCAGCAACACGGCACUUUGAAGGAGUUCUUAUCUUGGAGUCACGGAAAAACUACAAAUUGAAGACCUUCCUUGUAUGGAUCUCACAAGACCCUUCUUUGCUUGAUUCUUAAAAUACAACCAUUAUCUAUUCUAUCCCAAA